AUGGAUGGGUUCACUAACGACUGGGCCGAAAUCCCUUUGGUCUGGAUCAACAAGCUGAAAUCUGCCACGAUGUACAUUUGGAUAUUCCCCGUCGUAGCAGGAGUGAUCCUCUACGUAUACCGAGCGUUUUGUGUAUAUGUCAAUCGGAAGAGGAGGCCAUCCAUUACGAAAGGACAAUUAUGCACUCACGAUACUCUUCCAAGGGCCAAUCGAUGGCCUCUAGGCCUCGACUUGCUAAUGUUGACCUUGAAAGCGUCGGAUGAGCUCCGGCUGAUGGAGUUCUUCCUGGACAACUUCCGGAGAUUUGGGAAUACAUUCCGACAAGUCAUUGGGACGAACACAUCUAUUUUAACAAACGAGCCGGCGAAUAUAGAAGCUCUCUUGUUGUCUAAUAUGAAAGAUUGGGGUCUAGGUUUCCGACGCACCAUCUUCUUUCCACUACUUGGCGAAGGCAUCUUCCUCCAGGAAAGUGAUGCGUGGAAGCAUUCACGCGAUAUCCUUCGCCCGCAUUUCUAUCAUCGCCACUAUGAGAACCUAGACAUUUACAGACCGCAUGUAGAUAACCUCGUUGAUGCGAUCGCCACCGAUGCCCCGGGUAUCGUGGACCUCGAACCCCUUUUCUUCCGACUGACGCUCGACGUCACUACCGAAUUUCUCUUUAGCGAGUCCGUAUGGAGCCAACGACCGAAUUCCAGCGCCGUUAAGAACGACUUCGAAGACGCGUUUGACUUGGCUCAGGGUAUAUCCGCUAAGAGGCUCAAAUUCCAGAAGUUGUAUUGGCUUGUCGGCACUAAGGAACUUCGAAAAGCGUGCGGCCUUAUUCAUGGGUUUGUCGAUCGCGUUAUAGGGAAGACACUCGACGGCGGCACAGAUGAGGCCGAAUGUUCGAGCAGACCCCCUUUUCUGAAGACACUCGCCCAGAACUACUCGAGACGGGAAGCGCUAAGAGGACAGGCUGUCAAUGUUCUUGUGGCGGGGAGGGAUACUACUUCUACUUUCUUGUCAUGGGUCUUUUAUCAUCUCUUGAGACACCCCGAUGUGAUGGCGAAACUACGGGCGGAGAUAGCAGAUAUCGAUGAGACAGUUGCCCCUCUAACACGGGCGGAUUUGCUUCGAUUGACCUAUCUACAAAACAUCACCAAAGAAGUCCUCCGUCUCCACCCCUCAAUACCCCUGAUCUCCCGUACUGCCCUCCGGGAUACCACCCUCCCCACCGGUGGCGGACCCGACGGCAAAUCACCCAUCCUAGUCCCGAAAGGAAUGAGCGUGCUGUAUAGUGCAUACUGCAUCCAUAGACGCCCCGAUCUCUACGGUCUAGACGCUGAGAUGUUCCGACCCGAGAGGUGGGAUGAGGAGCCCCUCCGGUCCCGCGAUAAGAGGUGGACGUACCUCGCAUUCGGAGGUGGGCCGAGGACCUGUAUUGGGAUGGACUUUUCGCUUACGAACGGCGCGUACGCGCUCGUACGCAUUCUGCAACGAUUCCCAACUAUGAAACUCCCGCCUGGUGAAACGGUGUGUGUUGCUGGUCAGGAGAGGCAGAUAGUGACGAUUUCGCUAAGGCCCGCGGAUGGGUGUAGAGUUGAUUUGAGUAAGGAGUGAAGUGUUCCCUCAUCUAGAUACCUAGUCUGAGGAUCGGCGCUGUUUGGGUGUUUUUAACGAAUUUAUGAAUCGGUGCUAGGUUAGGCGUAUGUAAGGAAAAUAGGUGGGUAGAAGGUUAAUGGAGGUAUGCUCUCCGGUUCUGGAGAGUCAGGAGAUGGUUCUUGGUGCAACUUGAAUUCCUCCAUUCCGCGCUGAUAGAGCACUCUACUGGUGUUUGAAUUAGGCUGGAUGGUUAUAUGGCCUGGAAAACGGAAUCUUGCAGUGCGCAGGUCUAGUCGUUGGUGCGUGAAUGGGGGGGGGG